AUGUAGUUGUGUUCGAUAUCGAGCUGCGUGCGCAUUCGAAAACUUGUAUACGUUUCUAUUGAAAUUAAUUAGUAACCUAAGUAUUUACUAGAUAUACUAUAACGAUGUUGACGCCAUCGGGCCUGAUCGUUUUUGUGAAGUGCAUCGUUAUUAUCCACACCUUCACGGAAGCAUUCAAGCCUCGCCUAACACCCGACGUGCCAGAGCUCAUCAUGAACGAGGGGGAAAGUCUGGAAAUAACCUGCUUGAGUUCGCGUCAGAUCAAAUUGUUUUAUCCUCAGUACGACGUAUUCAACAGGACGAAGCCUUCCGCUCACCAAAUCGAGUUCCAAGACGUCCUCGGUCCUGCCAUGCAGUGGAAAUUCCGUCGCAAUAAAACGAUUUUCGGCGACACCGGAUGGUACGGCUGCGCGGACACGGCGGCGGAAAUUUCGUCGGGGCAUUACCAUCAUCCCAAUGCGAGCUUUGUAUACGUCUACGUGCAAUCCAAUGUCAGCGGAUUCACCGAAGACUCGCAAGGAUUCGCUUUGCCGAAUCCGAAAAAGCCUAUUUACGUCGACGAUCGGAGCGAUUUCGUCGUACCUUGUCGCGCAACGUCUCCGUAUCUGAAUGUGACUUUGAUACGCGAUAAGAGUAAUGCGACUGUUCAAGCUGAAAAUAUUGUGUCUUACGAUCCUAGAAUCGGCUUCGUAGUGAAAAAUUUUACGGUGAAUAGACAGGAAAACCUCACCUGUUACGCCGCAUCGUCGAACGCCGACGAGGACUUUAGCUAUCGAAUUUCGUACAGCGUACGGAAGAAGAACAAGACGGCUCACAAGAUGCCGGAAAUAGUGAUAUUCGGCGAAUGGAUGAGUCAGAUUUAUUUCGACGUUAACGGAGAUUUGAUCGUCAUGUGCAAGAUCCAAGCGGAAAACAAAGUCAACUGGGCUGUCACGCUCUCGACACCCACGCGCGAAGUUCGGGGUAUGCACGAGAGAAAGAAGCUUUCGGAGAGCGAAGUAGAGAUCUCCUGUCAGUAUCUACUGCGGGACCUCACCUACGAGAGCAUGGGGAUGUACACUUGCCAGUUUACCGGCCACGGAGAAGUGCUAACGACCGAGAAAUACAUCCACGUGCAUGAUAACUCGUCCAUUUUAAUGCUACAACUUCACGAUUACGGAGCCGACGUGGUUGAGAACGAUAACGUCAGUGUUAUAUGCAUGGCAAACAACGUGAGCGCCAGUUUAAGCUGGUUGGACGUUUAUAUGAACCCGUUGAUGAGCACUGAUAGGUUGAAUCUCGUCGCGGUCGACGACAGCAAUGAUGCGGAUCAUUUGUACAAUUAUCUGAGACUGGACCUCAUAAACGUGACUAAGUCGAACGAGACCAUAUACGUCUGCAAGUCAGUGGAUGAAAGCGACGUGAACCAUUACAGAUAUUACAAUCUCGUUGUCGAAGAGCCGGAUACGGUCGGGUUCACGGACGUCAAUCUGAACAACACCGAAGUGAUCAUAGACGAUGCCAAUCCGCACGAGCCUAUUUUGAAAUGCGGUGCUAAGGGCAGACCGAAGCCUGUGGUGACUUGGUACCAGGAUGGGGUACAGCUCCAAAAAGACGAGGACAGUUCGAUCGUCUCGAAGAAGGAACUGGAUUUGCCCGUGCAGGAGAGAGAGGAGCACUACCAACAGUUUAUCGAUCAGGAGUACUUGCCAAAUAACGACAACAAUCCUCAAAUUUUGUCGAUAAAGUAUCUCGUGCUGAAAGUCAGCACGAAUUACACCUGCGUCGCGAAGAACAAGUUCGGCCAAGUCAAAGCCUACCAAAUAUUCUCCAUACCAGGUAAAAACGAUUGGGCCCAUCCGGCGAUCGCCUUUUUCAUUGUAAUCGUCGCCAUCGUGAUUUGCAAUUUCGGUUUCAUCAAGAUCCGAUCUCGAACGGUACGAAGAAGAUGUAUGCGGGAAGCAGGUCUUUUAUACUUUCAAAACAUCACGGACGAAGAACUUAGUCCUAUAACUAUGAUUUACGAUCAGGUGGAUUUACUGCGCUACGAUAAGAAGUGGGAAUUCACGAGAGAAAGAUUGAAAUUAGAAAAGAAAUUGGGCAGCGGAGCUUUCGGAAUCGUGAUAAAAGCCAAGGCGUACGGCAUCAGUCCUCACGAAGCGGUCACCACGGUAGCCGUGAAAAUGGUCCGCCAAUACGCCGAGACUUUUCAGGUUCGAGCAUUGGCCAGCGAAUUAAAAAUCAUGAUUUACCUCGGUAGACAUCUCAAUAUUGUUAAUCUGCUGGGCGCUUGCACGACUAACAUUAUAAAAAGAGAACUGCUGGUCAUCGUGGAGUAUUGCCCUUACGGAAAUCUGCACGACUAUCUUCUUACUCACAGAAAACAAUUCAUCGACCAAAGAGAUAAAAAAACGGGAACGAUCGACUUUUCGAUAGGGCAAGUGGCGACUUUCGAUGAAUGCGUGUCUUGCUUGAGCGUCGAGAGCAGCGAAGAAACUCGAAAUAUCGAGAGUUCGCGUAAGGAGUCGCUCUGCACUCAGGAUUUGUUAUCCUGGGCCUUUCAAGUGGCCCGUGGCAUGGAGUAUCUGUCGCAGAAAAACGUUUUGCACGGCGACUUGGCAGCCAGAAACAUCUUGCUGACUCACAACAACGUCGUCAAAAUUUGCGACUUUGGAUUGGCGAAAGUAAUGGAAGACGAUAGUUACAUGAAGAGAAGCCGUGGGCUGCUCCCGAUUAAAUGGAUGGCGAUCGAGUCCAUAAGAGAUCGAGUUUUUUCGGUCCACUCGGACGUUUGGUCGUUCGGUAUCGUUUUGUGGGAAUUUUUCACGCUGGCCCAAGUUCCCUACUGCGAUAUUCUUCCCGAGGUGCAGCUUCAGAAGCUUCUCAAAGGGCAUCGAUUGGAAAAGCCGAAAUACGCGAACGGCGAAAUAUACAGUAUAAUGGUUCCCUGCUGGAACGAAGAACCUACACUCCGACCGACCUUUACAAUGCUCGUUGAGCAGAUUGGCGAUUUGCUUCAAGAUAAUGUGAAAUCGUAUUACAUGGACCUGAGUACUUUGGACGAAAGUAUUAAAGCUAUCGAUUCGAGAUAUCAAAAUAGUUACUUUACGACAGCUCGAUUUAAUGUUCAGUCAUCAAACUAGUAUGUAAGACGUUAGACAUAGUAAGAGAAAUUUUAGCGCAAACUUUUGUAGAAGAGAAAAUAAAAUGUGAAUUUUAUUUAA